AUGAUCAAUUUUGAGGCGACGGAGCUGAGGUUAGGGCUGCCGGGUGGCAAUCACGGAGGAGACAUGGCCAUGAAAAAUAAUGGGAAACGAGGAUUUUCUGAGACCGUUGAUCUCAAACUGAAUCUUUCAUCCACGGCUUUGGAUUCGGUUUCCGGAGUUGAUUUAGAGAAUAUGAAGGAGAAGGUCGUAAAACCACCAGCCAAGGCACAAGUUGUGGGAUGGCCACCGGUACGAUCUUUCCGGAAGAACGUCAUGUCAGGCCAAAAGCCAACCGCUGGAGAUGCCACCGAAGGAACGGAAAAGACUUCCAGCAGCAACGGAGCCACCUCCUCUGCCGCAGCUUACGUGAAGGUUAGCAUGGACGGCGCACCGUACCUAAGAAAAAUUGAUUUGAAACUUUACAAAACAUAUCAAGACCUCUCCGACGCCUUAAGCAAAAUGUUCAGCUCUUUUACCCUAGGCAACUAUGGACCACAAGGAAUGAAAGAUUUUAUGAACGAGAGUAGGUUGAUCGAUCUUUUGAACGGAUCAGAUUACGUUCCAACUUAUGAAGAUAAAGAUGGAGACUGGAUGCUUGUAGGAGACGUACCGUGGGGGAUGUUUGUUGAUUCAUGCAAACGCAUAAGAAUAAUGAAGGGAUCAGAAGCAAUCGGACUUGCUCCAAGGGCAUUAGAAAAGUGCAAGAACAGAAGCUGA